AUGGGGGGGGCAGCCCCGCGCAGAGGAUGUGCAGCUAGGUGCCAAGCCCCCGUUGCUGCCCCCGCUGGGAGCGUUCCCAAACCCAAAGGCAGGCACAGAGCUCUGCAGGGCGGAAGCGUCGAUCCGAACACACGGUUUGGUGGCAACGGACGGACCACUGAAGCCUCUUCUCAGUCCAUGUUAAAAACCCCGAUGAAGAAGCGAAGGGGUUUAUGGUGUGUGGCAAGACCUGGGAAACCUCCAUACCCAAGUGCCCUCGCUCCCCUGUUUGGCUGCAAGGCUGGUGUGUGGAACCUCGGCACUGGCAAUGGAGGUCACUGCUCCCACCUCGCUCAUGGGGCCUUGACCCAGGACCCCCGAGAGAGGGAGGUGAGCAGCACUGCCCCCAGAACCACUCCUGGCCAGGACAAGGGGAAGACUGAGCAUCUGGUAGCCUCACAAAGAGGCCUGACUGACUGCAGUGAUCCCAAGGAGUCAGUGGUUUCCUUGUCAACUUCCCAGAUGCUGUUACCCUCCAAGCCCUUGCCUCCCAUCCAGAACAGCCCUCCUUCCUUGAAGCCCAGCAAGAUGUGCAACAGAGAGCAGGAGCAUGGGGAAAAUGGCCCAGGCUAUGAUGACAGUGAGGGUAAUAACAAGGAGCUGAUAACAGAGGAAAGAGAAUGCCAGGCUUCCCUGCUGCCUGUGCAUUGCAGUGGUGGGGAUAUGAAGAAAGGGCCAUUGGGACCGUCUUUGAUCCCCCCUAUACCUAAGUCAGUAAGUCCACCUCUUGGCAGUGCUGCAGUGUCUCUCCCAAGCUCUCAGCACCAAGAGGCCCAGGACAUGAGGCUAAGAUCAAUCAGCAGAAAUGAAGAGAAGAACUCUAAAUAUCUAGCUUCUUCUCAGUCCAUACCAAAAAAACAGAUGAAGAGGACAACAGAUUCAUGGUGUGGGGAAGGACCUGAGAAACUUCCACACCCCAGUACCCUUGUUCCCCCAUUUGGCUGCAAGGCUGGUGUGUGGAACCUCGGCACUGGCAAUGGAGGUCACUGCUCCCACCUCGCUCACGGGGCCUUGACCCAGGACCCCCGAGAGAGGGAGGUGAGCAGCACUGCCCCCAGAACCACUCCUGGCCAGGACAAGGGGAAGACUGAGCAUCUGGUAGCCUCACAAAGAGGCCUCCCACUGAGACAGACCAAGGACAUGGAUCAUCUCAUGAGUCCUCGCUUUACAAACGAUGACGACUUGAAGGACAGCAGUGGAAGGGUCCGUGUUGUAUUAUGCAAAUCAGCUGAAAAGAAAAUACAACAGCGAAAAAUGAGAGAGAUGGAGCUUUUGGAGAAAGAGAGAGAGAAGGAAAAGUCCUUGCAGUUCCCUACACAGAGAGUUGACCCCAGGAAUGCAGCUGAAGAAAGCUUUAGCCUACCACCUGUCAACGGGACCCUUUUCAAUGUGCACAGAAAGCCUGCUGCUGCCUUGAAGACACGAAUAUUGAAGAAGCAGAUCAACGUGCCCCUAAUGCCCAAGACACCCAACAUCAAUGUGGAUGGCAGCUUCCCACAGAACUUCUCAGUGAACUCACAGAUGGCCAUUGGUCUGGAGCGCAGAGAGGAGCCAGGAUGUGGGAAUGCCCAGAAAGGCAAACCCUCUUCUGACCCUCAGCAGCUGUUGCUCAGCGCACUCGCAUGGCUCAGCAGCGACAACUGGGAGCUGAAGGAGAAGGGACUCCUCAGCAUCAAAUGCCUGGCUAUCUCCCAUUCAAAAGUCCUUCUUUGUAGACUUCGUGAGGUUUCCUUGGCAGUCACCAAAGAGGUGACCAGCCUCCGCUCGAAGGUGUCUCACUCUGCAAUCGUUGCUCUUGGAGAGCUCUUUGUGACCUUGAAGAAGGACAUGGACUCUGAGGUGGAUGAGGUUGCUCAGGUCUUGCUCCAGAUGGUUUGGAACUCCCCAGAGUUCAUUCAGAAAGCAGCCAGUCAGACCCUGGGCGUCAUGGUGGAGAAUGUGACUCCUUCACGAGCAAUGACUGCUCUCAUGGACAGCGGAGUCCAGCAUCGCCAUGUCCUGGUGCGGAAGUGUGCAGCCAAACACCUGCUGACAGUGAUGGAGAAGAUUGGAGCCAAGAAACUGGCAGCCACACCUGUCAGGGCCGAGAGGCUGGUGCGCCUGGCGGUGAAGCUUGCUCAGGACUGUCACAAGGACACACGGUAUUAUGGAUGGAAGAUGCUGCAUAUGUUGAUGAGUCAUCAAAAAUUUAAUAGGCUUUUGGAACAAUCUGUUUCCACACGUGACUUGAAAGAUAUUCUGGCAAGAAUUAAGAAUAAAGGGAUUGAAGACCAUGAAGGUGAGCCUCCACCUGUUGAGAACCCCAGGAAGAGGAGGAACAAUGGCUUGAUGCCCCAGGCUAGAAUGCCUUCUUGUGGAGGUUUGGAGUCUACUUCUGAUGUACCCUUCUUACACCGUUCAAAAGUCCAUCUUAUGUUACUUCCAACUGUGGAAGAAACGGAGCUGCUCCAGAAGCUUUAUGAUCUCCUGACAGCCAAAGAGUUUCAGAUACGAAUGGAGGGAGUGGCACUCCUCCUAGAUCUCUGCAAAAGCAGCCCCAGGCUCAUCUCCAAUAACAUUGUCCAGAUUUUUGAUUAUUUUGUCCUGAGGAUUUGCGAUUACAACAAGAAAGUGAAGCAGCAGGCGCUGGAGGCGCUGGCUUUGAUGAUAGCCAUGCUCAGAGAUGCCUUAAACCCAGUGCUGAUCCGUCUGGUGGAAGCAAUCACCAACAAUCUGAACUCAAAGCACUUGGGGAUUUAUGGUGCAGCUGUGAAAGCACUGGAAGCAUCCAUUGCUCACUUAGAUAAAGUAUCAGUGCUGAAAGAGUUUAGCAACCGAAUGAGUCAACUGAGUGGCCAAGCUCUGCUGGAUGUCACCGAACGUCUCUCAGUGCUCGUGGCACGUGUUUAUCCCAGGAGCCCUGAAGUUGUGCAGCGCUACGCGCUGCCCGUGCUCUGGUCCUUCCUGGGAAACAAGGUCCCGCCCGUCCGAAGCGCCAACGUCAGGACUGUGGUCGCCAAACUUGCAAAGGCCCUGCAUGAAGCGAUGGGCUCCAAGCUGAGGCAGCACGCUGCCAGCCAGCCUCAGAACGUGGUGAAAAACCUCUCCAACAUUUUGGGCUGGAAUGUCAGGUGAAGGCUGGGUACGCUCCCGGAAGCUGGCGAAGUGCUGAGUUGGACAGGUGGAGGCAAAGGUGGACCUGACGGCGGCAUUAGUUUUAUUCUGCACGUCUGAAGAACAAGGGACUUAUCCUAUAGGCUUUAUAGCUACAGAUGUACAUAGUAUUUUGAUAUUUAGAUGUAGUUUGGAAUAAAUGUGUUUUGGUUGUA